GUCAUUAUCCAUUGUCCUAGUUCACCUGCUAGCGUCAAGAUCCUACAAGAUGAGCUACAUCGCCCGCCGCGGUCUCUCGACCUUGAUCCCUCCCAAGAUCGCUUCCCCCAACGCGAUCGGUGCUGCCAAGGAUGCUGCCCGCAUGGACCGUGUCGUGAACUUCUACGCCAGACUCCCCCGUGGUGCUGCCCCUGAAGUUAAGCCCACCGGCAUCAUCGGCCGUUACCAGGCUCGCUACUUCGGAAAGAACCCCUCCGCUGCUCCCCUCGCCCACGCCAUCGGUACCAUCCUGAUCCUGGGCUACAGCAUGGAGUACUACUUCCACCUCCGCCACCACAAGAACCACCCCCACUAAGCAGCUCGCUUUUUGGUUUCUGGGAGCGGGAGAUCCUGUGUAUAUACCACACACUCUACAAUGAAGACGAUGUAGAAGAAUCAAACUUGUACCACCUCUAAA